UGAGGAGGUAGACAUGGCAUGCAGCCGUAUCUCGUGGCUCUGUGGGCUGUGUUAUGUGUUAUGAGACUGUCUGCUGGAAGCUCGUCUAGCUAGUUAAAGUCGGAGUAUUUACACAGAGAGCAGAUCACGGCAAUCACGGCUUCCAGUGGGGUAAACCCCGGACAGGGCGCCAAUCCAUCGCACUUACAGACACUCACACAAUCGUUCACAAGCUACAGGCAAAUUGGGAACGCCAAUUAGACUAAACUGCAUGUCUUUGGACUGUGGGAGGAAACCGACGAAAACCCACCAAGCACAGGGAGAACAUACAAACACCUGGUCGAGAAUCGAGCCCAGAGCCUAGAGGUGCAAGGCAACAGUGCUAACCACAGAGCCACCGUAACGCCAUCAGCUUUAUCAUUAGGGAAAAAGCCCGAGAGUGUGGAUCAGCAGUAAAUCAAUAGAAUCAUUAUGUUAAGAGGGGGCACCACGAAGGUGGCCCUGCCCAGGACGAGCGCUCCAGAGCGGGGCCGGCUGCCAUCCUCCAUCGGCCACACAAGCGGCAGCGGCUCCACGAUGAUGAAGACGUCCCGAUCGUCCAGCACCAUCGCCUCCGACCUGCGUCUCAGCCGGCUGAAGCGGGCGAGCAGUGAUGAUGCUCUGGCCAAGCCCACUCUGGGACCGGCAGCUCCAGCGUCUCGUCUGAAGAAGACUGUCACUACAGGAGCCAUUUCAGAGCUGACAGACAACAGACCGCACAGCCUGAUGGGUCUCCAGUCAACCAAAAAGUCAGGAAUACCUGCUCCACGGGACAUCCCUCAGACCAUUUCCCGAGACCGCACUCCACUAAGAGACCAACUAAGAGCUCCUUCAACCAAAAAGAUGAUUCCCAGUGCUAGCACCUCCAGUCUGUCCGCUCUAGCAAAGCAUUCCCGCAGUUCUGUCAAGACAAAGAUCGAAGCCGAGAGUGCAGACAAGGCCCUCCUGGAGUGUCAGAUUAAAGAACUGCUAGCUGAGGCCAAGGCCAAAGAAUUCGAGAUAAGCAAGUUACGUAUGGAGCUGCAAAGGUGCCGAGGUAAAGGCUCCCCACAGGACGCCGGCACGCCAGAUGGGACGUCAGAGCGGGGGCAAACCGAGCUGAAUUUCACAGAUACGCACACAUUAGUCGAGGAGAUGAAGGAAAAAAACAGAUGUUUUCAAAAUCAGUUGUCUGCCUUGCAGCAAGAAAAUCAGUCUCUGAAGGAAAAGCUUACCUUGUUGGAGAAAUCUCCGGUCUCCUGUGGUAACACCAUCGCUAAUUCUACAUCACUAAUCAGCCCAAACAAACACUCUGUUAAUGGGGUUGUACCAGAGAUUAGCAGCAACAAAAUGGCAGCAGGUGUCCCACUCAGUGGUAGUCCAUUUAAAACCUCUGUAUCAUCUGGUAGCGACAUUACCAAAGGGUCUCCAUCACCAGACUCAUCCGAGUUUGAGAAGAUCCCGUCGCGCUCGGAUUCAGUCAGUAGCAGCAGCAAGGGCAUCGCGCAGAGCCCCAAGGAACAAGAUCUAUCGCUGCAGUGUCUCACAGAGCGCAUUCAAAAAAUGGAGGAGAGCCACCACAGCAUGUCAGAAGAGCUCCAGGCCACGCUGCAAGAGCUGGCUGACCAGCAGCAGGUCGUGCAGGAGCUUACAGCAGAGAAUGAGCGUCUGUCUGAAGAGAAGAGUCUUCUGCAGACCUCCCUCCAGCAACAGAGGGAGCGUGUGGAACUCCUGGCACAGAAGAACGAGACGCUGCUCCAAAAAUUCCGAGAGCAAGUCCAAAGUCAGGAAGUCGAGGCCUCGCGAGCGUCCAGGGCCGCAGAGUUGGAACAGCGUCUGGCGGAGCAGGUAGAAAACUCCAGGUUCGAGAGGGAGAAACUGGUGGACAUUCAGCAGCAGCUUACAGGGAGUCUAAGAGCUUUGGAGAAGGAGCACCAGGAAGCCCAGACGGCAGUCAGAGGCUUAAAAGAUGAGCUAGAGAAUAUCCAGCAGGAGCUGGAAAGUGAGAGGGAGGCUGGAGCAGAGGCAACAAGGAUAAGAGUGGAACAGCGUGAAGCCGUGGAUGCUCUGAGGGUGGAGAAUGAGUGUCUGAAGACCCAGGUAGAGACAGAGCGGCAGAAGGUGUUGGAGCUGAAUGCAGUCCAAAGUGCCAGCAACAGCACAGAGCUGCAGGCCUUACUGAAAACUGCGCACACAGACAGAGACAAACUGGAGCUCACCUGCACAGAGCUGAGACAGGAACUGCUGCAAGCUCACAAGGACAUCGAGCGCAUUCAGGGUUUGCUCAGUAAGGCUGAGGCAGACCAGCAGAAGCAUCAGGAGAGACUGGAGUCACAGGAGCAAGAAUACAAAGCUAGCAUGCUUGUUCUGGAGGAAAAGAGCAGAGACGGAGAGAACCAAAUUAGGGAUCUUAAGGAGACGAUUUUUGAGCUAGAGGACCAGGUGGAGCAGCAGCGGGCAGUUCAGUUGCACACCAACCAAUUCAUCCUGGACCUGGAGAGUCAAAUCAAGCGGCUAGAGGAGCACAAGAUGGAGCAGGACAGGCAGUUGAAAGCCGUAAACAAACAAAUGAAGGACGAGACACAGGAAUGGCGGCGUUUCCAGGCUGACCUGCAGACGGCUGUGGUCGUGGCGAAUGACAUCAAGGUCGAGGCUCAGCAGGAGGUGCGGACGCUACGCAGACGGCUGCAGGAGGAACAGGAGCGCAGCACGAGGCUGGCUGCAGAACUCGAGCACAUACAGGGGGCCAGGUUGCGGUUGGAGGAGGGGAGUCUCUCAGAUUCGGACAGCAGUCCUCAGUGGAGUGGAAUUGGCAUGACCCAGAAUGCACCUGGUAGUGAGAGUGAAAACAGCACACCUUCAGAGGCAGAAGCCACAGUCAAAUCCCUCAUCAAGUCCUUUGACACAUCUGUCAAAUAUGGACCCACCGGUACAGUGCAGAUGCCCACAUCUCCUAGAAGUCCCUUAAGUGGAAUCCCGGUCCGCACUGCUCCUGCAGCUGCUGUCUCACCCAUACAGAGGCCUUCAGGUAUCAAGCCUCUGUCUAAAACCCUGGACAGAAGACUCAACCUCAUGGAUUCCUCUCACUCAGUUGAUGAGUUGAAGCCCUCGUCUCUGAUGAGAAAGAGUCCGUCCCUCGAGUCAGUCAUCAAAACUCCAGCUGCGUUUAACAGCAGAACGUCCUCGUUCACUUACAGCCGGGCCAACAGUAGGCUCAAUGUGGAAAGAACAGACCCUCUGGCCGCUCUGGCGCGGGAGUACGGGGGAUCUAAGAGGAACGCGCUACUGAAGUGGUGCCAGAAGAAAACAGAAGGCUAUCCGAACGUAGACGUGACCAACUUCAGCAGCAGUUGGAGUGACGGUCUGGCCUUCUGUGCGCUGCUACACACAUAUCUACCUGCACACAUCCCUUAUCAGGAGCUCAUCAGCCAGGACAAGGGCCGCAAUCUGUCCUUGGCCUUUCAAGCAGCUGAAAGUAUCGGGAUAAAACCAUCUCUGGACAUUGAUGAACUGAUGCACACGGACAGACCAGACUGGCAGAGCGUCAUGCAGUAUGUCUCUCAAAUCUACAAGUACUUUGAGACUUGACACUUUAAUGAAGGAAUGGCAAGUGGAAGGCACAGAAUCCCAGAAGCAUUUCUGCUCAUUUCGUUCCACACACUUGCACCACACGGUACAUGCAUACAGACAUAUAUAUAUAUAUAUA